AUGGCGACCAUUUCCGGCUAUAAUCAAUCGACGAUUAGACGUGGACUGGAACACCUCGGGAAGCAAAGCGUGGUCGAUGGGUCCCACAUGAACUUUCCGCUUAUGACCUUCGAGGAGGGUGGCCACUUGCACUUCUCUCCUCACUUUCCUGACGAAGCUCCACUCUCUCAACUCGAUGAUCAUUGGAGAUGA